UUGUGACAGAUCAGCAGCGUCAACCUCUGUCUGCUGAGUUAUUUGCGAACACAGGUGUGUUCGUUUGUUUGUUUUUUUUUAGUUUUAAAGGCAAACGAAAUGAUUCAAUUCGCGCCAGCUUAACGCAGUGCACGUAAAAACCGAAAGAUAAGACAACAACGAUGCGAGAAACGACAGGAUACUUUCCACGGCUUUCGCUCACAGCACUAGCUACCUAGCUAAGGUUACUUAGCUACCGGAAGAAAACACGAACCCAGCUGGGCAGGUUUCGUAGUGGGGCGGCGAGGAGCGAGACUCAUUCUAUGUGACAUCCUGAAAAAAUUCAACCCAAGGGAGCCUGGGUCACAGCCUUGGGGGACACAGACUCGUAGCUUCAUCAUUUAAAUCGUACAAUGUGGCUACAGCAGAGACUGAAGGGGCUACCGGGCUUGUUAUCGAGUAGCUGGGCUAGAAGAGUCCUCAUAGGAGUCCUCCUCUUCCUCAUCUUCUACUGGUACCUGGGGGCGGACCGCAGGUGGAGGUUCUUCAGCGGCUCGGCCAUGCCCGGGGGGGCGGCCGGCCAGUGCCUGCUGGCUGAGAUCCACAGGUGGGGGUCUCACGUGGAGCGAGGGGAGGGGAUAUGCAGCACACCUCAGGAACAACUGGACACGCCCUUUGUAGCAGGCAACGGCCACAUUUUGAUUGAUGUCCAGGAGAACAAGCUGUGGGUGGCGGCGUCCUCACAGCCCGGAUCUGCACCGGUUCACCAGACUGACUAUUCACCGAGGCUCGGCAUCCACCUGGAGGGGAACAGGGUCGAGGUGCAGGCCAGCCUGUUGUGGUUUCGGAAAGGAUCGGUGUUGUCAGUCAGGUGUGCAUCCUCAUCAGCCCGGGACUGUGUCACCAUCCGAGAGGAGUUCAUCGCCCUCAGAAACAGACCUAACGUCUACCUGCAGCGAGUCCACAUCAGCAACCCCACCGACAGGCCCGCCGCUCUGGAUGUUUCCACGGACAAUCCCUCCUUCGGGAGCAAGUUCUCCACCGGCACGGAGAAGCUGGAGGACAGGGAGAUACUGCUGUCCUCUGGGAGGGUGAUGGUGGAGAACAACCAGAUGGUGCUGGUGGUGGUGGUCACCAAAAAGAUGAGCAGCAGGAUCCAGGUCGCUGCUAAGUCGGACUACACGGACAACAUCCUGUCCGUGGUGUGGACCUCGGAGCCGAUCGAGCCCGCGAAACUGGAGGAGACGUUCAGCGCCCUCAGAGACGGAGCCAAAAAGGAACUGGGGGAGCUGAUGAGGGGCAGCGUGGACGGGCUGGUUGUGGAGCACCAGCAGGCCUGGGUGGACCUCUUCAUUUCAGGUGUUGAAAUGAGGAAGAUCACCGACUCCCACACGCCCUCGAGCCGCACGGUGAACACCACCCUCUACUACAUCCUGUCCUCCACGACGGCGCCCCUGCUGGACAAAAGGCUGAACAGCGAGGAGCGCAGCCGCCUCGAGUCCAGCCUCAACUACGCCGACCACUGCUUCAGCGGCCACGCCACCAUGCACGCCGAGAACCUGUGGCCCGAGAGGGUGAGCAGCACGGCGCAGAUCCUGCAGCUGGUCACGCUGUGGACUCUGACCCUGCAGAAGAGAGGCUGCAAGGUGCUGGUGGCCGCCGGGGCCCACGGAGCCAUGCAGGGUAUGGUCCUCAGCUUCGGCGGCCUCCAGUUCACGGAGAAUCACCUCCAGUUCCAGGCCGACCCGGACGUGUUGCACAACAGCUACGCGCUGAGGGGGAUCCACUACAACCAGGACCUCAUCAACCUGGCCGUCCUGCUGGACUCGGACGGGAAGCCCUUCCUCCACGUGUCGGUGAAGCAGCAGGAGAAGCCGGUGAAGCUGUACGCCUGCGAGGCCGGCUGCCUGAACGAGCCCGUGGAGCUGACGUCGGAGGUGAAGGGCCACACCUUCCCCGUCAUGGUGACGCAGCCCAUCACGCCGCUGCUCUACAUCUCCACGGACCUGCGCCACCUGCAGGACCUGCGCCACACCCUGCACCUCAAGGCCAUCCUGGCCCACGAGGAGCACAUGGCCAACAGGGACCCGGGCCUGCCCUUCAUCUUCUGGUUCAGCGUGGCCUCGCUCAUAACUCUCUUCCACCUUUUCCUCUUCAAGCUUAUAUACAACGAGUACUGUGGCCCCGGCGCUAAGCCACUCUUCAGGAGCAAGGUCGCCGGGAAAAGUGAGGAUGGCUGCUGCGACCCCAAGGAUGCUGCAUGAACGUUGUUCCACAUACGUUUCGGGUUCGGCUUGAGUUUGG